UUGGAGAUUUUAGAAGACAUGUUUGGAGAACUGUCACCAUAGUUCCAUCAAUGGCGCCCGAGAUCUCUGAUAUUACUACUCAGACUCAAAUCACCGUCUUGGAAAUCGAAGAUGGUCAAUCCGGGAAUCAUUCCUCGUCACAGGAUGUCUCCGGUCCUCUUGUAUCCGUAUCGUUCGUUCAAAAGUUGAUUGGAGAGUUCGUGGGAACAUUCACUAUGAUAUUUGCCGGCUGCUCAGCCAUCGUGGUAAAUGAGACGUACGGUAAACCGGUGACACUUCCUGGUAUAGCUUUGGUAUGGGGACUAACCGUAAUGGUUAUGAUCUACUCAAUUGGUCACGUCUCCGGUGCACAUUUCAACCCUGCUGUUUCUAUUGCCUUUGCUUCUUCUAAAAGGUUCCCUUUUAAUCAGGUUCCAGGGUAUAUAGCCGCUCAAGUUCUCGGAUCAACUUUAGCGGCCGCAACUCUACGGCUUGUGUUCAAUCUCAACGACAACGUCUGUAGCCUCAAGGGAGAUGUUUAUGUGGGAACAUAUCCCUCAAACUCCAACACGACAUCGUUCAUAAUGGAGUUCAUCGCUACUUUCAAUCUAAUGUUCGUUAUAUCUGCUGUUGCUACUGAUAAACGAGCAACCGGGUCAUUCGCAGGAGUUGCUAUCGGCGCUACCGUAGUACUCGACAUCCUUUUCUCCGGGCCAAUUUCGGGAGCAUCUAUGAAUCCAGCAAGAAGCUUAGGGCCUGCACUUAUAUGGGGAUGUUAUAAGGACUUAUGGUUGUACAUAGUUUCACCGAUCAUCGGGGCAUUAUCAGGUGCAUGGACUUACGAUAUGUUACGAUCCACAAAAAAAUCAUAUAAAGAGAUUAUUCGUCCAAAUUGCAAUAAAGUUUCAUCGAGAGAUCGCCAAGAAGCUUCUAAAGAUGAGAAUUGUCUUCUACGAGUGGUUGAUCCUUCAAACCAGAAUUAUUUUAUAUGUUCAUCACCUACUAAAAUCGACGACAAAUGUAAUGUCACAUGUAAGUUCGAGUGAAAGAUUGAUGUACUUAUCUCCACACACCACACUAGUACCCAUCUUACAUUCGGGUUUUGAUCUCAUAUAUUUGUUGGUGUGUUUGUCUUUUCUGGUUUAAUAAAAUGAUGUAUAUAUAUAUAUAUAUAUAUAUAUAUU